AUGGUCAAUCAAGCUUCUAGCAGCACAUAUCCCGGUGCGAUCGUAACGUUCCACGCACCGAGCGUUGGGAGGACAUUCGAGAGGGUGUUCAGAGAUGCCUCUCUUUCUGAUACCCACUCUGCGAUCAAGAAGAAGCUUGGACUGCCUGGCAAUACCGCCAUCCGCCUAGCACGUGUCGAGAACGGGCGAAUGAUUGACCUUGAGGAUGAUGACGACUUCGACGUAUUUCAUGCGUUGGCACAUCAACAAUCUCGCCUUGAGGUCUCUAUUGCAAUUGGAGACUUUGGGUUCGAGCCUGUGCAGCGCGUGGACGAACCCACGAUGGGUAACGCUGUAGCGAAAAAGAAGAAGCGUAAACGUAUGUCGUUAUCUGACAGCCUCAGCCGACCAAAUUCGCCCAUUAUUACGAACGGCACAUCCUUGCGAACCGAUCAAGGUAGUGCCAGUCCAGGACAGGGCGCGAUGAAUGCUCCAGAUGCUUCCGUGACGAGCAGCGAGCCAGCGAAGAAGAAGCGGAAGAGGAGCAAAGUCGAAGCUCCUCAGGCAGAUGGCGAGCAAUCGAAUGUUCAGCCGGCUCCGAGUCUUGAGAAGAAGCAUCUUAUGCCAGCUGGUCGCACCAACCUGAUCGGGCGUCCCGCCAAACCAAGGAAGGGAACGCAGCCGGAGCGGAGUAUCAUAGAGACAGCUAUAUCUUCAACGGAAGCAGACUCUCCAACUCUUCCCAAGAAGGAGAAGAAGGCUAAGGAACGGAAAGAUAAGCCGUCCGGUGCGCCUCAGGUGAACGAGGCUCCUGUGGCCUCAACAUCCAGACUUCUCGCACCCGUUAUACCUACUGUCUCAAAGACGACCGAGGAAGUUGUUUCCGAUACCCAGGAGUCCACGAAAGCCGUCAAGCGGAAGCGGAAGCACAAGCCGGAGGGCGAAUCCAACGCCUUACCUGCGACUGGCACUGAGCCGACUGCUGUCGAUACCGACCUACCCUCUGUAACUUCACCCGCGAAGCCUAAGCGUAAGAAGGCAAAGAGGGUUUUUGAUGUAGACGACGUCCCUGUGCCCAUAAACGAUGUAUCUGAAGACCGGCUUGCCGCCUCUUCAAGUCGAGAGCAGCGCGUCAACUCUCCGCAAUCUGUACUUAAUGGGCAGCUACAAGAGACAAUUGGUGCUCCGCCCGCCAAGCCGAAGCGCAAAAAGGUGAAGGUUCCGACAGACGCAGAGGUUCUUCGUCCGCCAUCGAAUGUAGAUCCCAAUGUGCAAACCCUGUCCACUACAGACAUGCUCGAGUCGUCAAAAGCAGAGAAGCAAAAGCGCAAAAAGGGAAAGCAGCCCUCUGUCGACGCUGAGGCUGCUCCCACACCCGUUCCGGAGGUCGACGCCGCUGUAGUUCUCGCCGACAGCGAUGCUGUGGAGAACAGGAAGGAAAAGAGGAAGAAAAGGCCUGUUGAGGAGGCGGUCGCAACUGAGGAUGCGCGCGCACCGUUGGCGGUUGUCUUUGCUGAGGGUGUUGAUGACUCGGCCGCACCAGCUGAGAAGAUAGACAAGGGGGCCAAAAAGGAGAAGAAGCGUAAGAAGGGUGCCGAAUCUCAAGCAGAAGCAUCGCAUCAAGACACUACACAUAACCCAGACGACCAGCCUGUAUCGAAACCAACCGAAGAGCUGGUGCAGUCAGGGUUGAGAUCCAACGUCAAGGGGAAAGCCACGCAAAAGAAGGCGGAGUCGUCGAGCACGAAACCUAUCGGCGACAAGCAACCAAGGACGUCCAUUGCGCUGUCGGAUCCCGACUUGUGGGCGAGUCUCAAGGCUGCCGCUGACGUCAUUAUGGCGAAGAGAGAUACAGACGCUGCUGCUAACAGAGUUUCUAAGUCUUCAAAGGACUCCAGUCGUUCACGCGUAGAGACACAGGCUACGGCCGAUCACGCUGAGGUUACGAAUUCUCGCGAGAAGAGCAAGAAGUCGAAACGCGGCAAGUCAGGACUUUCAGCGGUCGGCGCUGGAGACACUCAAGCACCCAACUUGGUCGAGCCCGAGCCAAGCACAUCUCCGUCCCCUGCUGAUCCCGGAGAGCAUAUCACCAUACUGAGUUCGUCCUCGGAACAGGAACAGCCGGAGGAUGAGUCCGUCCUAGUCAAGUCUCCCGUUAUCCCAACCGGCUCAGAGAUUGCGGAGGUCCCGAUCGAAGGUCGCGACGAAGGAAGCAGCAACGAGAGUGAGAGCGACGAUGAGGGAAGUGAGGACGAAAGCGGCGACGAACGCGACGACGAAAGAGCGCCUCCUACGCUCAACCUUUCGCUUGACAUCUCGGCCACUGACAUUGAUGCCCUCCUUCGUGGGCCUGUCACAAGGAAAAGCCUGCUUGCUGAACUGCCUUCCGACAGCAGCGAAGACGAGGAUGAUGACAAAGUGGCUGAUGACGUUCCGGACGACGAGGAAGAAAAGCUGGACAAGCAGUUCCGUCGCCUGUCGCAGCGGUUACAGCGCGACGAGCUUUCUUCGGAUGAGGAGACUGAUCAUUCUGGCUCGGACAACGAAGCGGACAUGACCGUGUCGAUGCCAAAGCCCAACCUGCGUCGACGCUGGGCGGCGGCGACGCCCUUCCGGCGCAUGUCCGACAUAGCCAGUCAGACGCUCUUCGCGUCGCAGUCGAUCAACGAUAGCAUGUCGUUCUCGUCGACGCCGGCACCGAAGCAGUCUAGCCUAGCUACGCCGGCAGGCGAAGGCGAGUCUGACUCGGACGAUGACGAGGAUAGUGAUGAUUCAAAUGCGGCGAACCGGUCGCACAUCCCGCGCGAUAGGAUGGCUGGUGCGGGGGUACAGAAAAAGAAGAGCGGACUUCUGGCCUUUGCAAAGUGA